AUGCCGGUCUACGCAUCCUCCAGCGUGCCGCCCCGCGUGGCACGAGAGGAUGGCAGCCGCAGGAGAACCCCCAAAGCGUGCACUCUGCUUCUUAUCGACGCUGCUUUCCCAGAAUGUCCCGGAGAAGUCGGACGUCGUGCUGCGGUGCAUCAUAACCGCUGCACCAGGGAUGACGCUGCCAUCUACCAGGUCUCGGCCAGAAACGGCUCCGGCAUGAUCUGCUGCUCUGCUCGUGUGGAAGUGGAGAGCUCUCCCCCACAACUCCCUCCAGACCAGGAGGACGCAGAGGACGCAGGCUGGAAACGAGAAACAGAGGCGCUGCAGGUAGAAGCAAGCACAGGGCAGAGUCAGGAGGAAGAGCACCCUUACCAGAGAGAAGAAGGGCUCACCCCCAACCCUCCCUCGUCAGCUGGUUCCUCACCCCCUAGGGGCAGGCGUUCAGGUUCACUCCAGUGCUUUUCCAGCUGUGACAUUGAUCUUCCCAGUUUGGAAAAACCUUUGGACAGUAAAGAAACAAGCCAGCCGCAAGAGGCUUAUGACCCAAACAAGACAGAGGAAAGUGCUCAAGGAGUUCCCGUUGCUAAUUCAAGUGAUACUGCGGGCGACGAGGCUGGGUAUUGGCCCUGGUUGGUGUAUUUCAAAGCAUCACAGCCCGUGGAUGGUGCACUAAACCAUGAUGCCCUUCACAGUGCAGCCAUGGAGUCCAGCCAUCAACGUCCCCCAGUUCAGAAAUACAUCAGCUCCAGCUGGCCGCUGCCCGAGGUGCCCUCCACCGCCUGCCCAGGUGUCAGCGCCCCGUGCAGUGGCCAGCUCUGCCCGCAGGUCCCCAGCGAGGACUCUGACAGUGACUAUGAACUUUGCCCAGAGAUAACCCUGACCUACACCGAGGAGGAGUUCUCAGAUGAUGACCUGGAGUAUCUGGAAUGUUCCGACGUGAUGACGGAUUACUCUAAUGCCGUCUGGCAGAGGCACCUGCAGGGGCCGGACUGUGUUUUUUUAUUGGAAAGCGAUGACGACGACCUGGAAUUCGCCAAGCGGGGCCUGGGUGGGUGUGGGCAUUUCCUCAGUGAAGCGGGCUGUCGCUCUCAGGUGUCAGAUGACACCGGGCCUAUGGAUGCCACCCCUGGCCUCCGUGCUUCUCACUCUCCACCCCAAGAAGCGGGGGGAAGGAGCAGUGGAGGCAGCAGGCCUGGGUCCUCACUGGGGCAGCCGGGCAUGACACUCAUUCUCAGCCCUCACCAGGACAGCACGUCGAUGGUGACAGAUAAACUCCCCUCCGCUUCAGGGGCGGCUGAAAAUGCUUGUCCCGGAAUUCGAGGCGAAACCACAGACAGCCACCAAGCAGGGGAGGAAGUGGUCAACGACAAUCUGUUAGCUAUGGACAAAGCACCUGUGAAGAUGACACCUGGUGAGGUAGGGGCGCACCAGCCUGGGGAGACUUCAGCCGAAAGAAUUGCUGGAGGAAAGGAUUUGGUGACCGCAAGGGGCUCCCAGAAGCCUGUCAGGGUCAGGCGGCCCUGGGCUAAGGGAAAACCCGAGAAGCUGACCACCCAUCUGAAAGAAAACGCAGCAGAAGGAACUCUUAAUCUCCUGCAUCCCAGAGAACCCGCUAAGCACCCACUAACCCGCAGUGACAACAAAAGGAGGGGUUGUCGCUCCAGAGCAGAGGCUCCUGGUCCAGCUGUCCAGGUCCACGCAGAGGAACUUGCGCUUUGCCCCGAAGCCAAGCAAGAAGCAAAACCCUUAUGGACCCCAGCAGUCUGGCUCCCCUGCAGUGAGGACAAUGCCUGGCUCCAGGGAGAAGAGAUGCUGAUUAAUGAUCAGCUGGAAGCCAGCCAGACUGCAGACCACAGGGAGCAUCUGCAGGUGCAAAUUCUCCAGCCGGUCCAGGAACAAGCUUCUCUCAGCCCGAUGCCAGCAGCUGGGGGCCCUGUGGUGGAGGAAUUCGCCCUCACUGGGACCAGAGCGAGCGAGACCCUCGACUUUGGAGGGACCCAGAGGGAACGUGUGCCACUGGCUCGAGGCCUGGAGGUAGAAGUCUGUGCUGGAAGCCCAGGGUGUGAAGGUCAAGAGCAGGAUGGUGCCGCCGGCACACCCGCUGGCUCCCUGGGAGGCUUGAAUUGGGAGCUGAGCAUCUCUGACACUGACCGUGAAUCCACAGACCCUCGUGAGCACCUGAUGACACGCCCCCAGGGUGACCACGCUGACCCCAGUGAGCUCGAGGCUUCCCCGAUGCCACAGCCUGGACUCCCCAGUACUGUCCUCACCCUGGAAAAUGCAUGUGGUGGGCUAUGGGUCAGAGAAGCCGUGGGUGACGUGGAGAGGUUUGAACCCGGUGACCGAGGAGCAUGCUGGGACAGCACCUCCUCCCCCACUAGCACACUGGGUGAUGAACAUUUGCCUCCAGAAAUGUGUUCCCUGGACCUCGAGCUGGCAGAUGGUUGGAGCAGAGGAUCUGAUUUACACUGUCCUGAGGACAAGAUAGUGGACGUGGUUGGUGAGCCUUCGUGGCCCACGUGUGAAAACAGCGAGGAGAGAGACUCAGGGGUGCCACCUCUUUUCGUCAACACGCUGACCUGGAAAAUGUCACCCGUGGCCCGAGGCGGGGUCACAGAGGGAGGUGGAGCAGAGGUGGAGAAGUCCACCUGCAGGUUGGCCUGUGUGAGAAGAACUGACCAGGACAGGCUGGACCUCAGUAGCUCUAGAGAAUCUCCAGACAGGCAGCUUCUUCCCUCUGAGGACGGCUCUUCUUUGCAAGUCAGAGAAGGAGGUGUGGAGAGGCCCAGCACCAGUGCCACAGACACCACAGAUGCCACAGACACAUUGGUCAGAAGUGUGGAGAGGCCCAGCACCAGUACCACCGAUGCCACAGACACAACGGCCGGUCUCAGUUAUGUUGUGAUGUCUCCUCAGGAGACAGCAACAUUUCCUGUCAAUACUGAGGGUCUUUCAGUGAGUAAGGACCGUGAAGAUACAUCAGCUAUUACCACUGCCGUCAAAGUCCACCCAGCCAAGUACUUUGCUUUGUCAAUUGCUGAAAACAGCCGGGAAGCUAGUCCUAAGGCGAGCUCACCUCAAGAGUCAGGUAAAGACCUGUGCCAGCUUUCUUCCAGUGCACCUUGGGGCCAUAUUUUAAAUGACUCCACUACUGAGUCUGUAAAGGAGCUGGCCAGUAUGGCACCCAAUGCGCCAGGAACCCAGGCCUGUCUUCCCCAGCGCUCAGAAGGAGGAUCAUUCUGGAGUGAGUCCCCUCUUCAGAUAGGCCACCAUUCUGGAGAUAAAAACCAGAUGAUGGACAGAGCAGACCACAGGAGCCUGGACGAGAAUUUCCAAGAAAAAGGAAGUGAAACAAAGCAGAAGUUCUGCCCAGAGUGCCUGCCCCACCAGGGUUCUCUUUUUGAAGAUGAUUUCCAAGAAAGUUUGCCCGCCACAUCCGCUGCACAAGAGGAAACAGGCUUGGAGUCCUUGGACCAGUCACCAGGAAACUCUGGGCAAGCGACAGGGCAGGGCUCAGGUUUGGGCACAAGAAGCUCUGCAGUGGCGGAAGCCAUCGUGGAAGAACACGGCCAGGCCCUGAGUGAUGCCCUACCUCUUUCAGAAUAUCUCCUGGAGGAAGCUAAAGAGUAUAGACCAGGAGCUGGGGACCCAGGCAGCAUGUGGAAGAUUCUAACCCUAGAGGCUUCUGUUGCAGAACCCUGGCCACCGAGACAGCUAACAGACUCUGAGUGUGAGGACUCAGGAGCUGUUCCCAGAAUUCCUGACGGUGCCUGGGCUGGAGCUGAAGUUCUAAAGGCCGGUGCUUUGCUGGGCCAGCUGGAUUCCUCUGAAGAAGCAGCACCAGCCAGCGGUCCUCAGUGUGGGUUUGACCCAAGUCUUGCUCAGAGUAACAGAGAGUCCCAUGAAUGGAAAGAACCUGUCAGCAGUGAUGAUGGGAGCAGUCUUUCUCCCCAGUAUUUGAACCAACUGGGACCCUUAGAGUCUUCCGUAGACCCUGUCAGUGAAACGGACUCAUGUUGCACAGAUUCAGAAACAUCCAGAACUGCAGGGAAAGGUGUAAACAGUAUGAGUCAAAAUCAAGAGGGAAACCAGCUCCGGAUGGCUCACCCCACAUUCUUGAGACAGUGGCUGAGCAGCCCUCAAAUCCUGGAGUCUUCCGUAGACCCCAUUGAUGAAGUGUUGGGGCCUCCCACAGCCGCAGCGGGGCUCAGCAGCGAGAAGAGUCAAUUAAAGGAUGGAGACUUGGACCAGCGAGUAGAAGUCCAACCUACCGCCUGGCAGGUCUCGUAUCCUGAGCAAGGGGGGGAAAGCAUUCCAAGUGAGAGAAGCGCCGAUCGAAACCAAGAUGACCACAGGAGAUGGGAGACCCCAGGAAGCAAGACUGACAAGGCAGAAGUGGAAGUCCAGUGUCCUGACGAGGGUGUGGAGACAGUCCCCAGUGCAGGCAGCGUGCUCCAUGUCCAAGGAGAUGGGGACAGGCGCCUUGGGGAGGCUGCCUGGAGCAAGGCCUACAACGCGGGAGUGACGCCCCCCACUCUGCCUCUUUCUAGCUCUCUGACCAUAAAGGCUCUUGCAUCUGUUGGAGAUGACACCAAUGCCACAGGUCAAAACCACGAUGCCGUGAAACAUGAUGCUGCAGAGCCCAGCAACCAUCAGUGUGACUUUUCUGGCUCAGAGGAAAAGAGGGUAAAUAGUGAGGAUGAGGGGGCUCAGCGUUCGCCACCUUCUGGUCGUCUGACUCGAUCAUCUCUUCCGUCAUCGCCUGGAGGAAGCAGCAUGGACUUCUCAAUAAGCAACAGCCUCGAGGAACCUAACAUAGAGGACCUUCACUGUGGGGAAACCCAACGCUCAGACUCACCCGGCUCUCCAGCCACUCCUGAAACAUGUGAAUCAGCGAAAGCUCCCAAGUUCCUACAGGACCCCUGUCCACGGGCCCCCACACCCGGCAGCAUCAAAAAGCCCAAGGAGGAAGAGACAUCUGGCUGCCUGGUGACCAAAGUGGGUAAAUUUCCUGGGGCCCGGCCAACAGGGACUGGGUCCGAGGAGGCCAAGAAAAAGCAGGACUCCGCAGGGAGUGGAUAUAUAGCUGAGGGAGUUAAGAAGAAAAUCCUGUCCAGGGUCGCAGCCCUGAGGCUGAGACUGGAGGAGAAGGAAAACCUCAGGAAGACGUCGAGCUUUCUGAAGAAGAUUCCGAAACUUGAGGCGUCCGUGUCACACACGGAUGAGAAGAAAGACCAUAAAAAGCCACCUUGCAAAAGAGAGGGCAAAGCUCCUGAAUUACUGAAAAAGAUCCAAGCCGAGAUGUUCCCGGACCAUUCUGGAAACAUCAGACUGAGCUGUCAGUUUGCAGAAAUUCAUGAAGAUUCUACCAUCUGGUGGACAAAAGAUGCCAAGCCAAUAGCCCAAGUACAGAGAAGCGCAGGUGACCACUCCAUGGUGUCCUUGGCCAUCGUUCAAGCUGGACAGAAGGACCAAGGCCACUACUACUGCUGCAUCAAGAACAGCUACGGGAAAGUGACCACUGACUUCAAUCUCACAGCCGAAGUUCUCAGGCAGCUCUCAAGUCACCAGGAUGUUCGAGAAUAUGAAGAGAUUGAAUUCAGCCAGCUCAUCUUUAAGGAAGACUUCCUCAGCGACAGCUACUUCGGGGGCAGCCUGCGGGGUCAGAUCGCCACGGAGGAGCUGCACUUUGGGGAGGGGGUCCACCGCAAGGCCUUCCGCAGCACAGUCAUGCGGGGGCUCACCCCCGUGUUCAAGCCCGGCCACGCCUGCGUGCUCAAGGUGCACAACGCCAUCGCCUAUGGGACCAGAAACAACGACGAACUUGUCCAGAGGAACUACAAGCUUGCUGCCCAGGAAUGCUACGUUCAAAAUACUGCCAGACAUUAUGCCAAGAUCUAUGCCGCUGAAGCACAGCCUCUGGAAGGCUUUGGAGAAGUGCCCGAGAUCAUUCCUAUUUUUCUCAUCCAUCGGCCCGAGAAUAAUAUCCCUUAUGCGACAGUGGAGGAAGAGCUGAUUGGGGAAUUUGUGAAGUAUUCCAUCCGGGAUGGGAAGGAAAUCAACUUCUUGAGAAGAGAGUCAGAGGCUGGUCAGAAAUGCUGCACCUUCCAGCACUGGGUUUACCAGAAGACGAGUGGCUGCCUCCUGGUUACGGACAUGCAGGGUGUGGGGAUGAAGUUGACCGACGUCGGCAUAGCAACACUGGCCAAAGGGUACAAAGGAUUUAAAGGCAACUGCUCUAUGACCUUCAUCGACCAGUUCAAAGCACUGCACCAGUGCAACAAGUAUUGUAAAAUGCUGGGACUGAAGGCCUUGCAGAGCAACUACCAGAAACAGAAGAAGCCGAGUGUCAUCAUGAAAAGCAAAGUCCAGCCUAACGCCACUCCAGUCAAGAAAGCAGCACCCGGGACCCCAGCAGAAAAGAAGACCUAG